AGAACACGUGACCUCGAUCUUCCAACAACGUCCCGUCCGGCUACAGCAAUUCAGUUCACCCCGUCGAGGCGUCCGUCGUCUUGACGCCUUGCGAGGGGCACCAAAAAUGGCCUCACCUCACUGCAUCCCAUUCAAUGGGCCUAACCACAGGCCGAGUCACGAUGGCACCAACCUGCCUAGUGCGCUGCCAGCCGCUUGGCCAUGUUGUGGUUUUGUGGCCCCCCCCCCGGUUCCUACACAUUCCUUGCCUUCCCCCGAUCCCAACGAUGAAGUGCUCUCAGCCCAAGAUCUGACAGAGCUCGAUGAUUCCCUGAGCUCAUGAGAACUUCUCUGUCUUGAAGCCGGGUCUCUCUGGUGACUUGAGGGAAUUCUAUGCUGAUCUACUGAAUGAUGAUGAAGUUGAUCUGUCUGAGAUUUUCAAGGAUUUUGACAAGGCCCCAGGUACAAUGGAAUGACAAGACCGGAUUGAAGAGCAGUGAAAAUAGUCAGUGAUUGCAGAGAUUCACUUGUUUGUAUCUGUUGAGGGUCCCGCGGUUGGUCGGCUCUUCUACCAGCAGUGCGCUGGUGGUGAUCGAGCUCUUUUGCCUCAGUAGUCUACAGAUUAUGAGACUGUUAAGCAUGAGCCUCGCUGUGAUCAACAUGCAUGGGUUCAAUCUCAGAAUGAACUUAAAAAUUCCUAACAAAUACUCUGAACAUUUUAACAGUGUCAAGAGAUAUUCUAGAAGUGUGCUCUAGAAGUUCUGUGAGUUCUAGAACUAAGUGAUUCAGUUCAUUAUUAAAAAGAAGCCAUUAUGAGAAGAUCACUGAAGAGAGUCACUGAGAGAAAGUACUGUACUCUGUGAUAGCUGGUCUGAGAGAGAGUGUUGAGAGUUCCACAGUUGAUCGGCUCUUCUAUCAGCAGUGCGCUGGUGAUGAUUGAGCUCUUUUGCCUCAGUAGUCUACACUAUCUAUUAAUGAAAGAGCAGGUACUGUGCCAGUUAGACUAGCCGCCGGGACUAGACUAACCGUGUGACCGUGUCU